AUGACAGAGUAUCCGACAGCGCUACGCGUGGCGCAAGCCGUCGGCAUCAGUGGGUCCAUUUGGCUUUCCGGAAAUAUCUGCGGUCUCUCAGCCAUCGCCAUACCCGUAUUCUUCCGCUCCAGACGAGAACACGGGGAAAAAGAUGAUAUCCCGCAGACGAAGCUAGCCCGGCAGUGGCAGUACUUCUACGACCACGGAAAAGCACAGAACCCGCCUAUCGCUGCUGUUACUGCAUGUGCGUAUGCGUAUUUGGGCUGGGCUGUUGCUUCGCGGAGCGAGCUAUUUUCUCGGUUUGCUGGGGCGAACACAGGACUUUUUUAUCGGCUUGCGGGGUUCUUGACUCUGGGGAUUAUGCCGUGGACGUUGGGGUUUAUGAUGCCGACGAAUUAUAAGCUCACGGAGAUUGCCCAGGGUUUGGAUGGGAAGGAGGUUAGUGAUGAGGAGUUUGAUGGGUUGUUGAGUUACUGGCAGGUAACUAAUGCUAUUCGGGGGUUGUUUCCGCUUGCUGGGGGCGUUUUGGGACUUUUGACUGCAUUGUUAUAG